AGAGUUUAAAAACUUGGGCUCUAAUUGAGGGUUAAUUGUGGUGUAGUUUCGUGCGAGUCAAGUUUUUGGCGUCGUUGUCAGGGACAAUGGUCUGUUAUUCUGAAAAAGUUGGUGGUUGUUAAUCUAGCUUUUAAUUUCAAGUUUUUCAAGUGUGUGUGUUCUUUGCUUGUGCUAGACUUGGUGUUUUUCGAUUGUGUGUAGGAGGUGCAUGACCCGGAGCAACAUGGAGGCAACCGAAAUGCAAGAAAGGUGCUCCAGUCUGGAUUCUAUUGGUUGAGCCUUUUUCGGGAUGCCUACAAAUUCGUGAGCCAUUGCGACAGAUGCCAAAGGACAAGUAAUGCUUCUAAUCGAAAUGAGAUGCCCCAAACAAUUUCUAUCACUUGUGAGAUUUUUUACGUUUGGGGCAUUGAUUUUUAUGGAACCUUUCCCCUCGCCUUUUGGUAACAAAUACAUCCUUGUGACCGUAGACUACGUCUCGAGGUGGGUUGAGGCUCAAUCUCUCCCCACCAAUGAUGCAAGACGAGUAUGUGGAUUUCUGAAAAGGUUGUUUUCACGGUUUGGGACCCCGAUGGCCAUUGUUAGCGACCAAGGAACCCAUUUUCAUGGGCAAUUCGAUAAGAUCCUCGCUCGCUAUGGUGGCACCCACCGGAUAUCCAUGGCCUAUCAUCCCCAAACUAAUGGACAAGUCGAGCUAUCAAAUAGGGAGCAAAAACGGAUACUGGAAAAGACCGUGGAUCAAUCCCGCAAGGAUUGGUCCGCAAAGCUCGAUGAUGCUCUAUGGGCAUACCACACGGCCUACAAAACACCAAUAGGCGUCUCGCCUUACCAUUUGGUGUAUGGCAAAGCGUGCCACUUACCCGUAGAGCUAGAGCACAAGGCUUUGUAGGCCACAAAGCUUUUGAAUAUGGACCCUAGUUUGUGUGGAAAUGAAAGGAAGUUGCAGGUGCUCGAACUUGAGGAGUGGCGUCUCCAAGCCUAUGAGAACACCAAGAUUUACAAGGAGAGGAUGAAGAGCUUGCAUGAUGCUCACCUGAAAGAAGGGAAGGAUUUCCAGCCGGGAGACCGGUUCUCUUGUACAACUCUCGGUUGUAGUUAUUCCCUGGAAAGUUAAGGUCGAAAUGGUCGGGCCCAUAUGUGAAAACACAAGUAUUCACAUACGGGGUGGUUGAGAUCUCCCACCCAGAGGAAGGAACUUUCAAAGUGAAUGGACAGCGCCUGAAGCGUUACCUUAGAGGAGAGGUAGUGCCACACAAGGAGGUGGUGCUCCUGCAAGAUGCAUGACCCGGAGUCUCCGUCUAGCUUAAGAUGUUACAGAAACGCUUGUUGGGAGGCAACCCAACGAAGGUUAAAAAGCUUGAACUACUACUACUAUGUAUUGUGCUUGUAAUAACCUCGCCUCGAGCGAGUCAUAUUGUGCUUGUGUGUGUUUUUUGUUGUCUCUCCUUGAAGCUUCAAUUAUCCUACCCCGGUUCGAUUCCUACAUUCACUCACCAAGCCCAAGUGGUAACAUCACUCUACCCCUUUCUUACGCCAUUGAGGGCAAUGCCGAGUUUAAGUGUGGGGGGUAGUCUACUAGUGUUCUUGUGUGAGUGAGAUGUUGCUUGGAGCCUUUUGUAUGCCCAAAUUUCAAAAAAUUGAGGGCUCCAAGCUACGUUUGCAUGUUCAAAGUGACCGGAUGGUGGGAAAUUCUCGUGUUUGUGGCAUUAAUCUUGAACUGUUCAUGUGAUUGAGUAUAUCCUAUGAUGAUGACUGAUAAGUUCAUUAGGAUAGGGCAAGAGUUUAGUUCUCAAAGUGUGCAUAAAUGAAUGGAGGCCUUGACUUGAUCACUUGUUGUUUACAAUUGCCAUGCAUCGUGUUUAUGAAUUGGAAUAGAUGGUUGGGUAACUAGGUAGUCUGUGAGAUUUGAGCCGUUCGUUUCUUUUGGUGUAAUAGUUCCCUCUUACCACAGUGUGUAGCAUCACAAGUUAUCACUAGCAAGUAUGAUGGAGGCAUAGGAUUAGUCCACGCCCCAAAAAUUGAUUGUCCCGAAAUGCAUCAUCCCUUAGCCAACCCCUUUGAGCCGUGUGAUUUCGUGGGUCGUUCUCAGUUUAGGAGCUUUGUUCGUGUGAGCUUAAAGGUGUUAGUAGAACGACCCCUAAAUCCUUUCUUCGUGUCCAAACAUGAGUCGCAUGUGUGUCCCGGAACUCUUACCGUUGAGUUUCCAUAGAGGUUCUACAUAGGAUGUUCAUGUGUGGUUCUUGCUAGGAGUGCAAAAUGGAGUGUAGUGUUGGAGUUAGUUCCUCAAAAAGAGAGCAUUGGUCGAUAAAUGUUUAGGUGGCAAGUGCUUUUACUCUCUAAUACCCCCCUCAAAAAGAAAAGAAAAAUGAAAAAGAAAAGAAAAGAGAAACAAAAAAGAGGUAAUAAAAUGGGGUAAAUAAA